AUGCAGGAGCGCUUCCUCGGAGUGUACGUCCGUCUCCUCCUCGUCGACGCCCACCCGUCUGUUCUACUGGCACGGAAGGUGAGUCGUAUAGUUGCUCUGAUGGCGAAGCGUGGUUCCCGCAAGACCCAGCUCGGUGCAUUGCCGCCCGCCAUCCAGCACGUGGUCACGUCCUACGUGUCGGAGUUACAGAGGGCCUCCGCGGCGCAGGCGCACGCGCGCGUCACGUAUGUACUACUCUACCUACACGUCUUUCUCAAAGAAAUGCAAGGCUGCCGCGUUGGCAGUGUCUUUGAAGACGUCUGCCGUGCCUGUGUGGCACCACUUUCGGGUAUCUUCGCACUCCUGCCGAGUGAGACAAGCAUGCUGGAGCAAUACGACCUGUCCCUGUACCUCUUCAAGUGCAGUCUGCGCGUGUUCGGUCGCGGUGUCUUCGAUCCGGCGUUUUGCCAUUUCUUAUUAGCGUCGACGUGGCGGCUUGCGGCGGGUCUGGGGCAGGACGCGCCGGAAUCGCCGAACGCCGGAAGGCGGCAGCGGCUGCUUGAGUACGCGCUCAAGACGCACGAGGCAACGGUCGUGUUUUUUCCGAGCCGCCUCCAUGAGCUCGGCAUUCCGUUCUUUGUGGUCGAUGAUGGGGCGGUGACAGGAUGCGCGUCGUCCCCAUCGUCUUUGUCUGACUCGCCUGAGCACACCGUCCUCCGAUUGCUGUCAGCCGUGAUAAGCAGCUCUGUUGGCAAUGUGGUGUCGGAGAAGGCGGUGUGUCGAGCGCUGCGUUUCUUCACGCUACUGGUGAGCGCUGAGGACGGUGAUGCGUUCAUUGCACACUGCCUACAACGCUACGUCACUUCUGCAUACUUUGCCCUUCUCUUGCAGCACCUAGUUGGGACGUACCUGGCGGAUACAACAACACCGGAGGCACUGUCGGAGUGGUCGCGGCACCCGGAGGAGGUAGCGGCGCAGCUGGAUGUGGACAUGGACGAUGAGGCCUCCGUGAUGAGUUGCGCGGAGCAGCUUUUUCUUGCCCUCACAGGUUCGACAGUGUGUGCCAGCGCGAGUCUCGCGACGGCCUGGGCGGUAGUGAACCAGCUUCUCCAGGAGGGUAACGUGGGUCCCGUUACGGCGGCUCUGCACGCGAUCGGCAUCGGCUAUUACACCAUGGCCUCCGAGGAUGCCUCCUCGUACCUCCACUUUCUCCGUGGAAAGGUGUUGCCCUUGCUUGACCCCACCACUCUGGCGCUGACGUCUCCGUUUGUUGCCCGGCGUAUGGUGUGGCUGGUUGGCAUGUGGUGCGAGUCGGUCACCCGCACAGAGGACCGGUGUGCUGUUCUCUCCGCACUGGAGGGGGUGCUGCACCACGCCGCUGCUACUCAGAACAUUGUCCUGCUCCUGGUCGCACUCAAGUCCACGGAGAACUUCGUCUCGGACAAUCGAUUCACAUUAUCUGAUCUGCCGGCGACCCUGGUUGACACAUUGCUACACACAGUUCAGGAGCUGCUCUCUCGUGCCCAGAGCCCGACCACCAUCAAGAGCCUCGCCGGACUGGUGCAUGUUCUUAUCGAGAAGGGGGCUGUUCAGACCCAAGGUGAUGCUCUUGUGCGGCUCUUCCUUCCCCCUGUACUCGCCAUCAUCAAGUCCUACGAGGUGCAGUCUACCAAGGCGGACGUGCAGGCCGCCGCCGGGCUCGUCGUGGACGCUGGCGGCGCCGGCGAUGAAGAAGACGGCGAGGACUUGGUGAGCUCGUUGAGCAUGUUGCUGGAGUGCCUUGGCAGCAGCCUCCGCCAUGGCGAAUCGGACGCUGUUAUCUGGUCACUGCUGCCUUGCGUCAUUGUACCGUGCACGUCGCCGGGGGGCGCGGCGACGGCGUGGGUGGAGGACAACGCAUGGGAGCUGCUGCGGGUAAUGGCCCAAUCCUCCCGAACCUUUUUUAUUCCCACCGCAGCUGAGGCGCUGCAGAUGGCGCUGCAGCACACGGCAAGGGACUUCGCGAUGCUGCCGCUCGUCUUCCGUGUGGUGUACACCCUCCUCCUCCUGCGACAAGAGGGGCCGGAGGAUGUGGUGUCGCCAGCGCGCCUGGAGUCCUGGGCGACAACGCUGCGCGAGAGCCUCUCGGCAGAGCUCUGCAGUGCCGUUGCGGCGACUACCUUUGCCGUGGUGCGCACGAGUGCAGGUCCGCUUCGUGCAGUACUUUGCCAGCACGCGGCGCAGGCGCUAGUCCGCUCCAGUGACGUGCAGUCUGAGCAGCACACGCUUCCGCUGGCCAUCGCUCUUGCUCUAAGUUUUGCGUCUGCCAACGGUGGCGAGGAACAGCAGGAGCUUGCGGCUCACAUACACGCAGCCGUGCAAUCAUGUGGCCCAAGCGCCUCCUACUCGCAGCUGCUGGAGCAGGUGGUGCUGCUGCUUGAUGUGUCACCGAGUACCUUGGCAAGUUGUUCUCUGGCACGUCUGCUAGACAUGCUGUGUCGGACUUCCACUGUCCCCCUCUCAGAGGAGGAUAAGGCGAUGGUGCAGCGGGCCAUAGAGGGUGUUGCUGCAACGAGCGGCGCUGCAGCGUCUGCGACAGGUGCUGAUGACGAGAACGCGGAGGAUCGCGCUGCACCCGAGAUGCUACUCGAGCUGUUGGGUGACGAGGAUGUUCCAGAGACGUCUCCCCACGUGGCACGUGCCAUGACCACCUUCGCUGCCCUUCUCCCUUGA